GCAAUCAACAGUUGAUCUUUUGAACGGCAUACAAGCCACACCCCGCACCGCUGCUACUGAAGGCUAUGCAGUCGCUGCUCGGGCAAGGACUGGAUUGCUAGCCAGAACAAAUGGGACAAUUCCGCCGACAGAACAACUGAGGCUCCAGUCAGCAGAGGCGUCUUGUCGCAGAUACCCCUUGAAAAAUUUCAGCUCCCUUCUGGCGAUUAACUACUUGAAGCGUUUAGUUUGUGGUCAGUCUUGCAACUGUAGUUUAGCAGUCCCCUUGAGAACGCCCCUCUCGUUCAACGCUUCUUGUGGGCACUUUGGGAGCGUGUCAAAUCGCCCCCUCAGCACAGCCAAUCCACAUUCUUCAACUUUGACGGCUCUGAAUCAAACCGCAGCCCCACAGUCCCCGCGAACCCACCGACAGCUGUCGGGCCAAACAGCACAGGUGUCGUCAAACACCAGAGAGAGCCUCAUGGUGGUUUCAAGUGAGGAUGUGAGUGGCGUGGGGGGAAGCGUAGAUGCGGCAGUGAAAGCACUUGAAGAAAAGCUCGGGGUGCCAAUCGAUCACGGGCCGCAAGUGCCUCCCCCAAAACCGCUAGUGAUCAUAAUUAGUGGGCCGAGCGGAGUGGGAAAGGAUGCGGUGAUCAAGCGGCUCCAAGAAAGGCGGCCCGAGCUGCACAUGGUCGUAACCGCAACGUCCCGGAAGGCGCGAGCCGGGGAAGUUCACGGGAAGGACUACUUCUUUAUCAGCAAGGAGGAGUUUCAGGGAAUGAUCGACGGUGGGGAGCUGCUGGAGCAUGCGGUCGUGUAUGGGGAAUUUAAGGGGAUCCCCAAGCAGCAGGUUCGCGAGACGAUGGACCGAGGCACGGACGUGGUGCUGCGGAUCGACGUCCAGGGGGCGGCCACGGUGCGGUCGAUGCUGGGCGACGGGGGCGUGUUCAUCUUUCUCGCGGCGGAAAGCGAGGCCGCUCUAGUUCGCCGGCUGGUGGAGCGGAAAACGGAGUCGCUCGAAAAGGUCCUCCUGCGGUUAGAGACCGCCCGAGAGGAGUCCAAACGGAUGGCCGACUUCGAUUACGUCGUUGUGAAUGCGGACGGGCAGCUCGAUCGGACGGUCGACAUGAUCGCGGCGAUCAUCGACGUGGAGAAGGCGCGGGUGCACCCGCGGGAGCCGAAACUAUGACAGGAAACCUGCGGUCCCGGUUUAGGUGUUUACGGAUUACAAGAACGCAGUUCGCACGGGCUUGCAGAGAAGACUUAAACCUGCGGUUCCUGUCCGCUUUGAGCCAAGAGGAGUCUGAGUACUGCAAGCGACCGUUUCUUCCUGUUCUUGAGAUUUACAAUGUUCUGACAUUACAGCCGGUACGGAUUCUAACAAAACGCCACCGAAAGAGUUGCAGCAUUAUGUAUAUUUCGUCAAGGCCGAAGGGUCCGAAGUUGGACCCGCUUGUACGAAACAACAAAGUGGAAGCUGAUCAAGACAAGGAGCUUCAGAAACUUGAAAGCUCCCGAAGUCUUCUGUGAACGUCCGGG